GAGGGUGAACAAGGGUACUUGGAAGGACUUGCAUCAAAAUAUGCAGAUAUUUUUCAAACACACUUUGGAGAUGUUCUCGAACCUCUUGAGGAACUGCGACAACGUGAGACAAAUACUUCAUCAAAAAUUUCAAAUACUCAGCUUACUACCAGUUUUUCACAACCAAUUUACGUACCUGGGAAAUACUCA